UAAGGCAAUAAUGUGUGAUGUAACGGUGUAAUUUAUUUGUUUUUAUUAUAUAAUGAUAAUAUUUCUUCUGGGUGUUGAGGAUGAAACAGGAAAUGAUCAACGACUAAAAGAGAAACGAUCAAAACGAUUAAAAACGAUUAAAAACGAUGGCAGUGUUCGGAGAACAGGCCGCAGCUGAAAUGCGACAGACACAGCAGAAGAUACUGGAGCUAGCGGAGUGCGUGCAUGCGUGCGUGCGCGCCCGUGUGAUCGUACAUGAGGUGGGCACGAAGACUGCAUCAGACUGGAGGAACACACACGCGCGUGCGCCAGGACAUAACAGAGCAGAGACGCCGCGGCUCCGCUGCUCCGAGCUCCGUCCUGAACUAUUCUUUCUUUCCUUCCUUCUUUCCUUCUUUCCUUUCCUCCUUCCUUUCUCCCGUCCUCCCCCCCAGCCCCCCCUGCACACGCAGAUGUAUGCCGAGCCCAGGACGCUGAUUCCGCUCCUUCCAUGAUGUAGUCCUGGAGCUCCUCAGCCUCCAGCCCGCAGCCUUCACUACAAUCAUCGACAUCAUGAAGCUUUCAGCGUCGAGGGCUGAAUAACCAAAGAUGUGGAUUCCUACAGAGGAGGAGAAGAUCGGAGUUGUCAUCUGCAACUUCCGCUCAUCGAUUUGUCAGACGCUGGUUCUGGAGAUCGGGGAGAAUGUCCAGAUCCUGGAGAAGAGUGAAGGCUGGUACCGAGGCUUUUCCACCAAGAAACCUUCCAUCAAGGGGAUUUUUCCGGUCAGCUACGUCCACAUCAAGAAAUGCACAGUGACCAACAGGGGACUGUGUGAGACUGUAGUGCCCCUGGAGGACCCCAUCAUCACAGAGACCACCUCCACGCUGCAGGAAUGGGGCGUUCUGUGGAAGCAGCUCUAUGUGAAACACAAGGUCGACCUGUUCCACAAACUCCGUCACGUGAUGAACGAGCUGAUCGAUCUACGUCGGCAGCUGAUCCAGGGUCACCUGACCCAGGACCAGACCCGAGAGAUCAAACGUCACAUCACGGUCCGACUGGACUGGGGCAACGAGCACCUGGGUUUGGACCUGGUUCCCAGAAAGGAGUUUGAGAUGGUGGAUCCAGACCAGAUCAGUGUGUCGGAGCUCUACAAACUGCACGUGUCCAGCAGACACUGUGGUCAACAAAGCACAAACCAGGGCGACAGCGUGAGGCAGCGCCAUGGCGACGGUUGCCGUGUCCCUGUGUCACAUCACCUUUUCAUUAAUCUGAAGAGCUUCACGUACAACAGCAUCAGUGAGGAUGCUGAUGUUUUCUUCUCUCUCUACGACUUUCGCGAGGCCAAACAGAUCAGUGAGAAGUUCAUGGUGAAACUGAACAAAAAUGGAGGACCAAAGAACCCUGAGAAGGUGGAUCGUAUGUGUGCUCUCUUCACGGACCUGAGCAGUAAAGACUUGAAGAGAGACCUGUACAUCAUCGCCCACGUCAUAAGAACAGGUCGGAUGCUGCUGAAUGACUCAAAGAAAGGCCCCCCCCACGUGCAGUACCGACGACCUUAUGGCUGUGCGGUCCUGGCCAUGAGUGACGUGUUCCACACCAUCACUGACCUGAAGGAGGAGAAGGACUUUGUACUGAAGGUUUACACGUGAGCCACAGUUUGGUCAUGUUUCAGUGAAUAUGAACACACUUUGAUCAAAGUUAAUGCUAAUGCUAACAAUACUACCCCCUCGUCCCCCCCUACAGGCCUCAUCAUUUCCCUGCAGCUGCUGCGGGGGGAGCUGGACCAGAUCAGGCGGGAGAACCAGGCUGUGUUCACCAGAGCCCUGGCGCUGACACGCAAACUGGGCUUCCCAGAUGUCAUCAUGCCAGGUGACACACGCAAUGACCUCUAUUUGACCCUUGAGCGAGGGGAGUUUGAGAGAGGUGGAAAGAGCGUCCAGAAGAACAUCGAAGUCACGCUGUACGUGCUCUACGCCGAUGGAGACACUCUGAAGGACUGCAUCAGUCUGGGCAGCGGGGAGCCCCACACCAGUGAACAUCGCUCCUUCGUCCUCUACCACAACAACAGCCCCCGCUGGAGUGAGAUGGUCAAGCUGCCCAUCCCCAUAGACCGCUUCAGAGGGUCUCACCUGCGCUUUGAGUUCAGACACUGCUCCACUAAAGACAAAGGAGAGAAGAAGCUCUUUGGUUUUGCCUUCACUCCUCUGAUGAGAGAAGACGGGACCACACUGUCAGAUGAAAUCCACGAGCUUUAUGUUUACAAAUGUGAUGAGAAUGCCACCUUCAGUAACCAGGGCCUGUACUUGAGCCUCCCCUGCUGUAAGGAGGACUUCAACAGCUGUCCCAACCUGCCGUCCAACCUGCCGUUCCAGAGGAGCCCCAAAGAGGUCUUCUGGGUGUCCACCAUCCUCUGCUCCACCAAACUCACUCAGAAUGUGGACCUUCUGGCCCCGCUGCACUGGAAGGCUCCAGACAGAGUCCUGGACAUCCUGGGUCGACUACGACAGAUCAGUGGAGAGGAGAUCGUCAAGUUUCUGAGGGACGUCCUGGACACACUCUUCUGUCUCCUGGAUGAAAACACGGACAAAUACGGACCGCUGGUUUUCCAGUCACUGGUGUUCAUCAUCAACCUGCUCAGGGACAGUCGCUUCUACCACUUCAGACCCGUCAUGGACUCCUACAUACAGAACCACUUCGCUGGAGCUCUGGCGUACAAGGAGCUGAUCCGAUGUCUGAAGUGGUACAUGGACCGCUCGGCAGAGGUGGUCCGACAGGACCACAUCCAGGAGGCCAUGAGGGCUCUGGAGUACCUGUUCAAGUUCAUCGUCCAGUCCCGGAUCCUGUACUCGAGGGCCACCUGUGGACUGGAGGAGGACCAGUUCAGGGCCAGCGUCCAGGAGCUCUUCCAGUCCAUUCGCUUCGUCCUGAGCCUGGACAGUCGCAACUCGGAGAACCUGGUGUUCACGCAGGCAGCUCUUUUGAACAGUUUCCCCGACAUCUUCGACGAGCUGCUGCAGAUGUUCACCGUUCAGGAAGUGGCCGAAUACGUCCGAGGAACGCUGGGGAGCAUGCCCAGCACGGUGGACAUCGGUCAGUCCAUGGACGUGGUCAAGCUGCAGUCCAUCGCUAGGACCGUGGACAGUCGCCUCUUCUUCUUCCCCGAGUCCCGCAGCAUUCUGCUGCCCGUGGUUCUCCACCACAUCCACCUGCAUCUGCGCCAACAACGAGAGCUGCUCAUCUGCUCUGGGAUCCUGGGAAGCAUCUUCUCCAUUAUCAAGACCAGUUCCAUGGAGUCCUCGGUCCAAGAAGAGGUGGAGAUGAUGGUGGAGAGUCUCCUGGACGUCCUGCUGCAGACGCUGCUGUCCAUCAUGAGCAAGUCUCACUCGGUGGAGACAUCCAGAGGACAACGCUGCCCCCAGUGCACGGCUGAGAUAACCGGGGAGUAUGUUUCCUGUCUCCUCUCACUGCUACGACAGAUGACAGAAAUUCACUUUCAUCAUCUGCUGAACAACUUCCACAGCAAAGAAGAGCUAAAGGAGUUCCUGUUGAAGAUCUUCUGUGUGUUUCGAAACCUGAUGAAGUUGACCAUCUUCCCCCGGGACUGGAGCGUCAUGAGGCUCCUGACCAGCCACAUCAUCGUUGUGACAACACAGUUUCUGUCUCCAGCGCUGCACAAGAACUUCUCAGAAGCCGACUUUGAUUUCAAGGUGUGGAACUCCUUCUUCAGUCUGACUGUGCUGUACAUCAACCAGCCCAGUCUGCAGCUGGAGACGCUGGGACCUGCCAAACGAAAGAAAGUUCUGGACAAACACGGAGACAUGAGGGAGAUGAUGGCCUACGAGCUGUUCAGCAUGUGGCAGAAACUGGGUGACAACAAGCCCCACUUCAUCCCAGGGAUGAUGGGACCCUUCUUGGGAGUCACCCUGGUUCCUCAGGCCGAGGUCCGGAACAUCAUGAUUCCAAUUUUCCACGACAUGAUGGACUGGGAGCAGAGGAAAAACGGCAACUUCAAACAGGUGGAGGCGGAGCUGAUGGACAAGCUGGACAGCAUGGUGUCGGACGGCAGAGGGGACGACAAUCACAGGGAGCUCUUCAGUCUGCUGACCCUGCUCUUUGGUCCUUACCCAAGUUUGUUGGAGAAGAUAGAGCAGGAGACCUGGAGAGAAACGGGGAUCUCCUUCAUCACGUCGGUCACCAGACUGGUGGAACAGUUACUGGACUACAGGGACUGCAUGAAAGGAGAUGAACUGGAGAACAAGAAAGUGGGCGGUUCUGUCAACCUAAUGAACUUCUACAAGUCCGAGGUGAACAAGGAGGACAUGUACAUCCGCUACAUCCACAAGCUGUGUGACCUCCACCUCCAGGCUGAGGACUUCACAGAGGCAGCCUUCACCCUGCUGCUGUACUGGGAGCUGCUGCAGUGGGAGGACCGGCCCCUCAGGGACUUCCUCCACUAUCCCUGUCAGAGCGAGUGGCAGCGCAAGGAGAACCUGAGCCGCAAGAUUCUGCACUACUUCAACAAGGGCAAGUGCUGGGAGUACGGGAUCUCUCUGUGCCGGGAGCUGGCUCUUCAGUACGAGACCCUGUACGAUUAUCAGAGCCUCAGCUGGAUCAGAAAAAUGGAGGCGGCCUACUACGACAACAUCAUUGAACAGCAGAGGAUCGAACCAGAAUUUUUCCGAAUGGGUUUUUACGGCAGGAAGUUUCCCUUCUUCCUCAGGAAUAAGGAGUUUGUCUGUCGUGGUUUCGAUUACGAACGCCUCGAGGAUUUCCAGCAAAGAAUUCUGGGAGAGUUUCCACAAGCCAUUGCCAUGCAGCAUCCCAACCAACCAGACGACACCAUCCUGCAGAGCGACGCCCAGUAUUUGCAGAUCUACGUGGUGAUGCCGGUGUCAGACAUGUCUGACGCCCCUCAGCUGGAGCGAGUCCCCGAGAGGAUCAAGAGCUUCUACCGUAUCAACAACGUCUGCAGGUUUCACUACGACAGACCUUUUCACAAAGGCUCCAAGGACCGAGAGAACGAGUUCAGGAGUUUGUGGAUUGAGAGAACGACUCUGAUCCUCUCUCGUCCACUUCCUGGAAUCUCUCGCUGGGCGGAGGUGGAGAGGAGAGAAGUGGUGGAGGUCAGUCCUCUGGAGAACGCCAUCUACGUGGUGGAGAACAAGACCCAGGAGCUGCGGACUCUGAUCAGCCAAUACCAACACAGGCAGCACCACGGCAACAUCAACCCUCUGAGCAUGUGUCUGAACGGCGUCAUCGAUGCUGCCGUCAACGGAGGCAUCGCCAGGUAUCAGGAGGCCUUCUUUGACAAGGACUACGUCAGCGCUCACCCUGAGGACACUGACAGGAUCUCCCACCUGAAGGACCUGAUGCAGGAGCAGGUCCACAUCCUGGGUGUAGGUCUGGCUGUUCAUGAGAAGCUGGUGCAUCCGGAGAUGCGUCCGCUGCACAAGAAGCUGGUGGACCAGUUCCACCUGAUGAGAACCGGGUUACACUACAUCGUUCCCAGCAUGGACCGCUUUGGACCGGCAGGCUGUCCCGGGGCCAACUCCUUCAGGGGGGCGUUCCCUCCUCACAGCCACAUGAGCCCGGAGAACGUACGCUUCAUACACAGACACAGUCCUCUGAACCUUCAGGGUUCCAUCCGUCACUCGUCCUCCUCCCUGUCGUCUCACACGUCCAGUGAGGCAGGAAAUCUGGUCAUAAUGACCGACGGCCUGAUGGGGGAGCACUCUGAGGACGCAUUACACAUGCAGCCCAGCCCCUCCUCCUCCAGUCUGAGCUCCAUCCGCUCCAACUCCUCUCAGAUCAUUAACUCUGCUCCCUCCAGUGCCAGAGGUUCACCGUCUCUGCCUGAUAAGACCAAACACAACCGUGAGGUCAUGAUUCUGCUGCCGUCCCACCGCGACAGGACCAACAGCUCCAUGUUCUACGGCCUGACAGAGAACGGACAGAACCCCCCCCUGCAGCGUGCCUUAAUCCAGCAGGUCAGCCCCUGUAAGCCCUGCCUGGACCCCCACAGCAGUCUGCAGGAGAAAGUUUUCCCCAGUGCUGCCAGCAGCUGGAGUCUGGAGGGGGAGAACAGGGAGCAGGUUUCCUACAUGUCAGCUCCUCCUGGGGGGGGAGUCCUGCCCCCGGUGUCACCCAGAUCCUUCCCUCCAGGACACUUCCUGAUGCACUGUGACGCCUUCCACCAUCAGAACGCUGACUCCGCCCCCCCGGCUCUGCCCGUGCGUUCUCUUCGAAAGUCUCCCCUCCACCCGAUCCCAGGGUCUCCCACCAGCCCUCAGUCUGCCCUGGGGGGCAGUAACUCCACCCUGUCGGGCAGUGCCAGCAGCGGCGUCUCCUCCCUGAGUGAGAGCAACUACGGAGGUCAGUACCCUGAGCCCGGUCCAAUCAGGAACGACGCCCUGGAGCCCCUCCCCAGCCACCUGUGGUCCCCCCCCGACGAGUACCUGGCCUCCACCUACCUGCACCUCCACUACGGUGGACCGGACCUGGACUCUGUGGACCCGGUCCGCCCCUUCCACUACCGCAGCCCCGCGUCACACCCGCACAGCCACCCGCACAGCCUUCCGCACCUCCACGGCCACGGCCACGGCCACGCCCACCCUGGGCUGGACAGCCAUUCACACGGGCUUCCUGCUCCGCACCACCACGCCCCCCACCACGUCUCCUACCGCAGACCUCAGCCUCCUGCCGUGCCCCCGAAGCCCUACCUGAGGGAGGGCUGCAUCCCGGAGGAGGAGCUCCCCCCUCAGCCCAUCCCCCUGCCCCGCAGGAUCUUUCACCUCACCUCCCCCCACGGCCACCGGGAGGAGCAGGGCAAACACACCUGGGAGCAGUGCAUCAGCGAGGAGCAUGAGGAGGCGCAGUGAUGAGGAGGCCGGGGUAACCAUGACGACCAAACUCUGUGGUUUUCCUUCACUGGUGUUGAGUGACGUCAGCGUUGGACAGUCUGUAGUUUGAUUCCAGACCACGUGAAGGAGAAUCACAGACUGACUGACAGCGCCCUCUGCUGGUACUGAUCAGACAGACAGCCGGUCUGACUGACCUUGUUAAGAAACAGUCGACUUUGACUGUACACGGUUGUACAUCCUGUCUGUGAGCAUGUUUUUUAAAGUUUUAAAACAAGAAUUUUGUGAAUCACGACGACCGUCACCGACACGAGGUCUGACCUCCUCCCACCUCCUCCCACCUCCUCCCACCUUCUCCUUUUAUUUGCAUCAAAUCAGUGACGUUUUCUUUGACGGUGUUUUCGAGGCUGGAACCCCGGUUCUCCUGUUCCUUCAACAGUGGAACCGCUGGAGAAGAACGUUCUGCUUCUGUGAGCGACUCUUCUCUCACGGGUUCCACUGCAGCCACCGCGCUGUCGGUCGGAUUUUAGUGACGACGUGUUUGUUUGAGUGAUGGGAACGUGCAACUGACCCCCCCCCCCCCUCAUCUUUUGUUGAACAGUGAGUUUGGGCUCUGACAGCUGGUCUGAGACUCUAACCUUUGACCAGAUGAGGGCGUGCUCGCAGCCUGGGCUGCCUGCCUUAAGUGCACUCCGGACAGACCCCCCCCCUUUUUUCAGUAGAGAUGGGGACAUCUACCCAUGGUCCAG